AUGGGCUGGUUGGAUGACUCCCUGGUCUGUGUUGUUCAGAUCGGCUCGUACUACGGCAGUGAGAUCUGCCCUCUGGACCUGGAUGCAGACGGACGGACGGACCUGCUCCUGGUGGCCGCGCCCAUGUUCUUCUCAGGGCUGGAGAGGGGAAGGGUCUACGUCUACAGACUCACCCAGCAGAGUUCCUUUGUGUUGGACAUGUUUCUGGAGGCUCCAGACCAGUCUCAGAACUGUGGCUUCGGCUCGGCGCUGGCCCCGGUACCGGACAUGAACGGUGACGCCUACGGCGAGCUGGCGGUGGGCGCUCCGCUGGAGGACGACCACCAGGGGGCCGUCUACCUGUUCUACGGCCGGCCUGGUGGCAUCAACCCCACACACACACAGAGGAUAGCAGCAGGGGGCGUGUCCGCUGGGCUGCGGUACUUUGGGCGGAGCCUGCACGCCGUGAUGGACGUCAACAGAGACGGCCUGGUGGACCUGUCAGUGGGAGCGCUGGGAGCAGCAGUACUGAUCUGGUCUCGCAGUGUUUUCCGUAUCCAGGUCAAACUCCACUUUGACCCCGAGAAGAUCAACAUGUUCAACAAGGAAUGUCGCCGGCUGGGGAAGGACGUCACCUGCAUGUCCCUGACCCUGCGCCUCCGCCUGGACGCUCGCACGCCCGCUCGCACGCCCCUGCAGAGGGAGGGAGUGGGUGUGUGGUACAGUGUGCUGGCAGAUGAGCGUCGGUACCCCCCCAGGGCCACGCUGGAAGACAGCGACCGCCUGCAGCGUAAGAUGCUGUCCCUGUUCCCCGGGGAGGAAGAGGCCCAGCACAUCCGCUUCUACGUGCAGGAGACCACAGACUACGGCCGGCCCAUCGUGUUUGUGGUGGAGGCGGGUCUGCAGGACCCUGAUGAGGGGCCAGUGCUGGACCUGGGCUGGCCCACCACCUUCAGGAGUGAGCUCCCCUUCUGGAACGGCUGUGAGGGGGAAGACAGCUGUGUCCCUGACCUCUCCCUGCACAGCCACACUGAUCUGCUGGACACCACGCAGUUCUGUGGCUUGCGGGAGCACUCGUCCCUGACUCUGUGUCGUCACCGUGGAGACGCGGCGAGGUCGGAGCGGGUGGUGGAGGCCGCCCGCAGGAAGAUGGCUGUCUACGGUCGCCUUGACAACCGAGGAGAGAACGCCUACCGCGCCACCCUCCGCAUCUCUCUCUCCUCCAACCUGCUCUUCUCCAGCCUCAUAGUGAAGGACAAGUCAGACAUCAAGAUAGAGUGCCCCUCCGAGGACAGACAGUGGAACAAGAGGACAUGCAACGUCAGCGCUCCCUUUAUGAGGUCCCAGGCCCAGGUGUUUUUCCAUCUGGAGCUCCAGUUCAGCUCCAUCUUUUUGGACCAUGUGAGAGUUGUCUUGGAAACCGCCAGCGAUGGGCAGGAGAUCAACCCUGACGACAAUGUCAACAACAUCUUCCACCCUCUUAAAUAUGAAGCAGACCUUCUGUUCACAAGAGAUCCCAACUCUCCACGCUUUGACAUCCAGACAGACUCUGACAAAACUGGCAACCUCGGACCCCUGUUCAACCUCACCUACCAUAUCCAGAACCUUGGCUUCUUCUCAGUGACAGACCUUCAGUUUGCUGUGGAUGCCUGCGCCAUAACCGCAUCUGGGAACCAUCUUCUCCAAAUCACCAGCUUCCACAUCGAUCAGGCAGUGGACUCCCACUGUGUCCUCCCUCGCUCUCUGUCUCCAGGACAGGUUUCUCCUGAGGACCUCUCCUCCCUCCCUCAGAUGAACCACUCCAACAGCAAGACUGUGUCUGUGCAGUGCCGUUUGUCCCUGCCUGCGUACCGCGAGACCAAGGUGACGAUCAUGGUCCGACUGCACCUCCAGGCCCUGCUGGCUGUGAAGUUCAGGUCUCUGGCACUGGUGACAUCUGCCUCCAUCCAGCUAGGCCCUUCCUCCCCCAUGUUCCUGCAGGAGGAGAGGCCUGUUCGACAGAUAAUCCUGGAGAUGAGCAGGAAGGAAGAUUCUAGAAUCCCCAUCUGGAUUAUAGUAGGCAGCUCUCUGGGCGGUCUGCUACUGCUCUCACUGCUGGUCCUGGCAUUGUGGAAGCUCGGCUUCUUCAACAGACGCCAGAGGAGGGAGGAGCAGGAAGCCAAUGGAAAGACUUCGGAUGAGCGGUAACCAUGGCAACCGGCUGCGUGGGCCAGACAGCCCAAUCGCUCAGGGACCCCCCCCCCCCCCCCCCACCCCCCCAGCCUUGCUGUGAGGCCACCCCCCCAGCCUUGCUGUGAGGCCACCCCCCCAGCCUUGCUGUGAGGCCACCCCCCCGGCCUUGCUGUGAGGCCACCCCCCCAGCCUUGCUGUAAGGCCACCCCCCCGGCCUUGCUGUGAGGCUGUCCUGUGAAUGCAGAUCCAGAUAGGGACGUGCAGUGCUGAACAGGCACAGAGGCUGUCGUGCUGUGUAAGACAAGUACAGGGCUGCUUUAUACGUCCUCCCUGUUCUACCAGCUGUUGUGGCUUCCUCACCUCAGUGGAAGCACCUGUGGCUGGGCUGUGGGUGCCUGGUCCAGCCGCAAGACCCCCUGCCUCUGACCCCCGGCCUCUGACCCCCGGCCUCGGACCGCUUCAGAAUGGACAACACAGGCAGCCUGUGUCACAUCUGGAUCUCUAACCUUUCACUAUCACACCAGCAAGG